AUAGCCGUGGACAAUGCCGAACGAUUGCGCGACAUGGAUGCGAAUGUGUUGCCCGUUCUGCUGCGACUCCAACAGCUGACCAGCCUCAAUCUUUGCGUCAUUCUUCUGUCCCAACUUCCCUUUGAGAAGUUCUACAACAAGACGGGUCUGACGGAAGUCAUUAGUCUGCAUUUUGCCCAGUAUAACAAGGCAGAGACCCAGCGCAUUCUCAGCUCGUACUUUUUCCAGGUGCGCGGGCAGCUGCUCAAGUAAUUUUCGAAGGAUGCCCAGCGUCUUGCCAUCUGCGAAGCGGCCUUCACCGAGGACUUUUACAGCAAUUACCUAAAUCUGUUUCUCAGCGUCUUUUACAAGGCUUGCCGUGACGUGCCCGAGCUGCAGCUGACGGCCAGGAAAUGUUUCUCCAUUUACUUAGAGCCUCUGUUGGAUGGCAGCAUGGAGUCAACAGAUGUCUCCCGUCUGUGGCGCCACAUUGCUGGACCCCUUAGAUCCGCCUUGACCCAGAUAUCUAUGCGAAUAGACGAGCUUCCGGAAGAGCAGGAAGCAUCAGCAGCCAUCGAGGAUCAGAGCGUUCGCCAGCUGGCGCAGUCCCUUGAGUUGCCUUACUAUGCGAAGUAUUUGCUCAUUGCUGCCUUCCUGGCCAGCUACAGCUCUGCCAACCAGGACAAGCGGCUGUUUGUCAAGCAUCGUGGAAAGCAACGCAAGAGAAUGCAAACAGUCAAUGCUAGAGCCAAGGUUGCGGAGAAGAUGUCCACGACUUUGGGACCCAAAUCCUUCAGUAUUGAUCGCCGGGCCGGUACUUGAGAUCCUUCUUAAUGACCUCCUUCAGUUGCUCCUGCAAGGCAGCUUUUUCAUUCCCCGCCGUUGUUUAUAAAAAUCCUCCAGCACUUCCAAGCAAUCGGAGCAAAUCUGCCGAUGGCACAGCCGGCACGAGCUGGCACUCUUUUGCCUCUCGUUUGGCGCGGGCCGUGGAGCUUCAUUCUGCAUAAUAUACAUUUUACCGCUCUUGGACAGUUUAUAUAUUGUAUUUUAAGAAUUUUACGCGAAUUUCCGCAUUUUACCAUUUAUUGCAUGGAAACCAACCCCCAACCCGUACUUUCCAGCCCCCCUCCUCCGAUUACCCAUUACCUGCCAUAUGCCAUAUCCAGAUUUUAUGCAAUGAUUAUAAAUUAUAAAGUAUUAUUAUGUACUUAAACCUUAGUUUAGCCAAUUUGUAAUUUUUAUCUUUCCGUCCUCUCCGG